GCCGAUGGCGGCGGUCGGGCCGCGGAGGGGAUGGAGAGCGGGGAGCCCGGCGGGGGGGGACUCCUGCAGCAGAUCCUCAGCCUCCGCCUCGUCCCACGCGUGGGCAACGGCACCACCUACUCCAGCCCCCUCUCCACCUUCCCAGAGAUGUGGUACGGAGUUUUCCUCUGGGCCCUCGUCUCCUCCCUCUCCUUCCAUGUCCCCGCGGCCCUCCUGGCGCUCUUCACGCUGCGGCACCACAAGUACGGGCGGUUCAUGUCCCUGAGCCUCCUCCUGAUGGGCAUCGUGGGACCCAUCACCGCCGGCAUCCUCACCAGUGCUGCCAUCGCUGGAGUUUACAGAGCUGCGGGGAAAAAAAUGAUUCCCUUCGAGGCGCUGAUUUUAGGCGUGGGUCAGACCUUCUGUGUCGUGGUGGUUUCCUUCCUCCGCAUCUUAGCCACUCUUUAGCUCCCCCUCCGGGCACGGAGGUCACAGACCGAGGAGGGGACAGAGAGGCUGGGCUGCUCCUGCCUCCACCUGGCUGGGAAUUCAGCCUCAAGUCGUGGAUUUGAUUACUUUCUGGUAACGUGAAGUGCCAAGUGAAGCUCUCCUGAGGAGAGGGAAUGGCAGAGGAGGCCCCUGGGCCUUUUGCCAGUGAUGAGUUUUAACAGUGGGACACAGCUGGGGUGUGACAUGGGGUGGUGUCACAUCUCCAGAGGGCUCUGACCUCUGGCUUUGCAGUGAACCCCAAGCUCUUUUAAUUUAAUUUUUUUUUUCAUGAGAAAAUUAAUUUGUUUUCUUCCUGGCCCCAGCUCUUGGUCACAUUGAAUUGAAAAAAAAAUUAUUUUAGAUGAUGAAAGUGCAGAUUUUGGCCUGGAGCAGGGGUGAUGAAAGCUGUGGCAGGGGCAGUAACCCCUGUGAAGAGGAUUCACUUGUGACUUACUCUGGUGAAACCCUGCAGCCUCUGCCCACUCAGGAAAUCCCAGGUGGGGAUGGGAGGGUGUGCCAGGAUGCACAGUUGCUUUUCAGGCUGUGCAGGAGGGAUUUUAGGGUUUUAUGUUUGUUUUUAUUCCCUUUUUUAAGGUGUUUUUCAACUUCCCUGCUCCCCUUUUACUUGCUGGUGAUGUUUACAUGGGGAGGACAGACCUGGGGAGGGCUUUGCUGAGUUCAGCUGGGGUUGGGUGCCUUGGAGAAAAUUCAGCACCCAUGCAGCCCCAAACUCACCCUGGCACUGACUGGUUUAGUUUAGUUUGGUUUAAAUGACUUUGAACUAACCCUCCUCUCCACCCUCUGCCCCAGAGCUCUUGGGUAGUGAGCUGGGGGCUUUUUUUUUUUGAGGGGGGGGCUUAGGGGAUGCUGAAUUUGGAUCCAAGGAUGUGGCUGUGCUGCAGGGAAGGCACUGGCUGUGCCUCCUGCCUCCCAGCUGCGGUUGUGUUGAGCUCCUUUGCUCACCCAGCUCUCUGGGACACUUCCCAAGGGGAGUUUCCUGCCCCCUCUCCUCCCUGCUGGAAUACUCCUGUGGAUCCUGGGCAGCAUUCCUCCCUCUCCAGAGUGGUCUGGGGAGCAAGAGGUGUUUUUCAGGAGCUCCUCACUGAGGUUUGCUCUCAACUUGAGCUGAGUGUUUUAGGAAAGAUUUUUUGGGGGCACCUUUCUCCCUUCCACCACCUGGACCCUCUGUGCUCUGCUGGGUGGAGAGAGCUGAGUCCUGGUGGGAGGCUGGGCCUCUGCACCCCCAGCCAACCAGCAGGAAUAAUCAUUUCUUCCAAUUUCUCUCCCUAUUCCCACUUACUUCAAGGGGCUGUGGGCCUGGAGCCCCUGCUGUGACUCCCCUGAGCUUUCCUGGGUGGGUCACAGGUUUCUCAUGGCCACACAGCUCGGGUGACUCUGGAAAUCAGGGUGCUGGGCACCCAGUGUGCUCCCAUUCCCCCCACCCAGUGCCUGGCAUCCCUCUGGAGCAAGGAUUGCAGCUGGGAAAGCUCCUUAGUCAGGGCUGAGGGGACAAAUCCAAGUGUUAGAGCUCAGAACAAAUGAAAAAAUGUGCUGACAGGGAGGAGCAAACCCCUCCUGCUCCCCCCAUCCCCAGCUCCCAAAAGGCUGUUUGAGAGCAGGGUCUGAUCGGCUUUGUUGGCAGCUGGGACACUGGGAAUGGAGUGACCUGAGCCCAUGGUGCCUCUGCCCAGGAGC